AAUUUUGAAGGAAUCCUGCGCCGAUAUAUCAAUGAGUAUGUGAUUUGCAUUGGAUGCAAAAGUCCAGACACCAUACUUUCAAAGGAGAAUCGUCUCUUCUUUCUCCGAUGUGAGAAGUGUGGUUCUGGACGAUCAGUUGCUCCAAUUAAAGCUGGUUUUGUUGCUCGUGUUGGCCGGAGGACUGCCGGGACGUGAUCUGGCCUGGUGUUCUUUAUCUAGUAGGAGAUUCCUGGUUGAGUGGUUCAUGAACCUCAAGAAUUUUGAGUUUUUGUGUCUGCUUGCAAAUCUACCCUUCGUUUGAGUAAAGGCCAACAAUAUAUUGUACCUUUUUUUUACCGAGAUUUCUUUUACUGUUUGAUCUUAUCCUGCGUAUCGUUUCAAUAACUUUGAUUUGAGCUGUUUGCUUGAAAUGAUUAUAGACUGUCCUUUU